GCCGCAGACCCGGGACCCGGAGCAGCUCGGAGGCGGUGAAUAAUAGCUCUUCAAGUCUGCAAUAAAAAAUGGCCUCCAAUAAAACUACAUUGCAAAAAAUGGGAAAGAAACAGAAUGGAAAGAGUAAAAAAGUAGAAGAGGCAGAGCCUGAAGAAUUUGUGGUGGAAAAAGUACUGGACCGACGUGUAGUGAAUGGGAAGGUGGAGUAUUUCCUGAAGUGGAAGGGUUUUACAGAUGCUGACAAUACUUGGGAACCUGAAGAAAAUCUAGAUUGUCCAGAGUUAAUUGAAGCGUUUCUUAACUCUCAAAAAGCUGGUAAAGAAAAAGAUGGUACAAAAAGAAAAUCUUUACCUGACAGUGAAUCUGAUGAUAGUAAAUCAAAGAAGAAGAGAGAUGCUGCUGAUAAACCAAGAGGCUUUGCCAGAGGUCUUGAUCCUGAACGAAUAAUUGGUGCCACAGACAGCAGUGGAGAAUUAAUGUUUCCCAUGACAUGGAAAGAUUCAGAUGAGGCAGACUUGGUGCUGGCAAAAGAGGCAAACAUGAAGUGUCCUCAAAUUGUAAUUGCUUUUUAUGAAGAGAGACUAACUUGGCAUUCUUGUCCAGAAGAUGAAGCUCAAUAAUUGUUUGCAUUGCUUUUUAUAUAUAUUUAUAUAUAUAUAUAAAAUCUGGGUCUUUGUUUUUUGAUUAGUGUGAAGAAAUAACAUUCUAAUGAAAAUCAAGUUUGAUAUGUUUGUUUUGAAGUAGUAUUGGGGGAGUUGUUGGGGUUUUUGCAUCUAUAGCACUGGUUACUUUAAACAAAUAAAAGCUUUCUGUAGUUGCUUCCUUUAUC